AUGAUCGUGUUUGUAGGAUUGAUGCUGGGUAUCUUCCUCUCAUCGCUUGACCAGACGAUCGUCUCGGUUUGUACUACAAAAAUCGCCAACGAAUUUAACGGCCUCAAACAAAUUCCCUGGAUCGGAACCAGUUAUCUCCUGACUUCAACUACAUUUCAGCCAUUGUAUGGCAAAGGCUCUGAUAUUUUUGGCAGGAAGACUACUUUCCUCUUCGCCAUCUUGAUCUUCCUGAUUGGUUCUGCCCUCUGUGGCGCUGCCCAGAGCAUGCUGAUGAUGAUUGUUGCUCGCGGAAUCGCUGGUAUUGGUGCUGGAGGCAUCAUGUCCAUGGUCAUGAUUAUUAUUACUGACAUUGUCUCACUAAGAGAUCGUGGUAAAUACCAGGGUAUUAUUGGAGCUGUCUUUGGAUUCUCAUCCGUCAUUGGUCCUCUUCUUGGGGGCGUCUUUACCGACAAAGCGUCUUGGCGCUGGGCCUUCUUCAUUAACCUCCCGAUCGGUGCUAUCACAGUCAUCGCGGUCGCCAAGUUGCUCCACUUGCCUCAUUCUAAAGGUUCACUCAAAGAGAAGCUCAAGCGUGUCGAUGUCUUUGGAUCUCUCUCCCUGGUAAUCGGCCUGGUAUUGGUCUUACUGCCACUGAACUGGGGUGGAAGUGAAUAUGACUGGGACUCUCCUCUUGUGAUUGGCCUCUUCUGCGCAGGCGCAGCUGUUCUUUUCGUCUUCUGCUUGAUUGAGUGGAAAGUAGCGCAGGAGCCCAUUAUUCCAUUCCAUAUGUUCAAGAGCCGUACGAAUGUCGCUGUAUUCUUGACUAGCUUUUUCAUUGGUAUGGGUCUCUUUGGUGUCAUGUUCUUCAUGCCCUUGUAUUUCCAGAUCGUACGACAAGAAUCUGCUACUGCAUCUGGUCUGGAGAUGUUGCCUAUGAUCGUCGGUCUCUUGCUAGCCUCUAUCUCCUCGGGUAUCAUGGUCUCAAAGUGGGGUCAAUACCGUCCUUUCAUCUGGAUUGGUCUUAUACUCUCCACUACUGGCACAGGUCUAUUAACACUUUUCCAUGAGGAUACUUCUCGUGGCGAGUUGAUUGGAUACUUGUUCCUGGUCGGACUUGGCAUUGGUUUUUCGAUGCAGACAGUUAUGCUUGCUAUUCAAUCAUCAGUUGAGACUAAAGACAUGGCUGUGGCAACUGCUACUGCGACAUUCUUCCGAACUGUUGGUUCUGUAUUUGGCGUCGCUAUCGCGGGUACGGUCUUCAAUAACGGCGUCAAAUCCAACCUCGACCCAUUGAUCGACAAGUUUCCUGAAGUUGAAAAGGUUAUGGUGGAUUCUUACUUGGCACCAACAUUUGGUUCAGAUCUGGAAGCCCAGAUCUUACAUGCCUACAUGCUGGCAUUAAGACAGGCAUUCCUUGUCUGUAUUCCUUUUAUGGGCCUUGCCUUUGUCUUCAGCUUGCUUAUUAAGCACCAUAAACUGCGCAAGCAGCUCGAGCCAGUGCUCAUGGAGUAG